AUGAAGAAGAAUUCCAUUAAGCAAAAUUCGGCUGAUGCGCCGAUGGCACCUCAAUCGUCUAAUAGUAGUCGAAAUUAUCGCGCUGAAUCCCGGCCGCAUUCAACUCGCUCAAGCCAACGGGACGAACAUCAUGAAAUGCAUGAGCACGAUAAUUCUUCGAGCAGCAGUCGUAAUGUGGUGUAUCGGUCGAACAACUUUAACAGAAUGCGGUAUGGUAGUACCUUUGAAUCAACAGACUCAUCGGACUCCGACACAUCCCAUCAGUCAAGAUUUAAUCGACGUGAGGAUUUACCAAAUCAGCAAUUUUCGAUGGCGACUCGAUAUGCAGCUGUAAAUCAAAAUAUAUAUCUUUUCAACGAAAACAUGAGAAAAACUUUUCAUCGAUAUCAAUACUAUGGUAGUGAUGAAGAAGUUCAAGUAAACAACUGCCCAGCGUUUCCAGAUAAUCAAACAGUACCUGCGAACAAAGUAUAUUCGGGUUCUUCGAUCCAUAAUGAAAAUAGUGGCAAAUCUUCAAGUGAAACCUUAUUUACAGCGGGAACUCCCAGUUGUUUAUCACAUGGAUCUGCGACGGUGCCAUGUAUGUACUUGUGA